AUUUGUAACACGGUCUCGAUGUUCUGCGCAGCAUACUUGAGGCUGCAAUGGCGCCUAUCAGGCGCUACUUGCGCAUAAGUAAACAUUCAGUCCUUGAGUGCCGCAUCUUCCUUGAGAACCCUGCCGACGAAUCGCGAUGGCUCCUCAAAGAAAGUGACCCUGCGCUUCCGCGCGUGUUCGAAGCCGUAAAACCAUAUGUCCUGCCAAAGUUGAGGGAAGAGAACGAAAGAGCACGUGGAAAAGGGAAGAAGAAGAAAAGUGUCAAAGAUGUGGUGAAGCAAGACGACUUUGAGGUCUCUAUAUUUCUCACAGAUAUCAGAACUCGACACUCUCUUCUGGUCAAAAACAAGACGUUCAAGCCGAAGCCACCGAUCCAGACCAACAGCGGCAGGAAGCUGACGGGCACCGAUGGGGAUGCGCUUCUGAUUCAGGACGAAAGCGAUGGAGAAGAUGUCAAUCUUGCACGGAUACCGCAGGCAGAUGAUCUAGACGAAGGUUUAGAUGCUGAUUUGAACACUACAGACGACGAUGACAAGAAGAAGCUCGGUUAUGAAACCGUAUACGAAGGUUUCAGUAUCUGGGGCAAGGUGCUCUGUCUCUUCAUUGAGCGCAAAGGUGGUCCGGCAAAGAAAUCAUCGGGAGUCGAAGGUAAUGCCCAGGCCCUUAUGCAAGACUGGAUCGCAUCGACGCAAGAGCAGAGAGACGAUGACUCCUGAAGAUCAAAUCUUUCGAUCCAACGACACCGCAAGUCAGGAACGUGCUGUCGCAGCUGCAGGCCUUGAGACUAAUAAGGACCUGAACGAAAUGGAUUCCCGCAUCUGACUAUUGCAAGCUCGUAGUUGGAGCUCGUUUCAGAUGAGAAUCUGCUCGCCUCACGCAUGUCACGUCUGGUUAUUUUGAGCCUUUUCAUGAGACGCAAGUCGAGACACACUGGCAACGAAAAUGUCAGCCUAUCAGCAAUGGUCCAUCGGGGACAUCGCAGCAUGCCAAGGUCCCGCAGCAUAUUCGAUGUGAGGAAUUCAGUGCAUGGAUCAAGCUCACGGAUUAAGCCGCAUGCGAUAGAAACACGAUGUGACACAUCUCAGAUUGCUGGGGUUUGGGAUUAUUAUUCCCUCACAGUGCAUCGUGGCGCGUUGUCACGCAAUUUCCACGUGGUGGCUGGCGGAGAUCCUUGUCCCUCCUGAAGCCCUGCAUGAUGCAUCAACCUCAUACGGCCAGACCCGUUCCACCUCGCCCCGAGUCGCAAGUGCAGACACUCUGGGCUUGAAGCAAGAGAUUGGAUCACGGAUACGAGACAGGAGAAUUGCGAGGAGAAUAUCAAGCCGAUCGUGGCAUCGGGUGCCUUGUACGAGUAUCACUGAGUUCUUCUUCUCACGCCCACCAGUUGUAUGAGUCGUGGGAAUGUUCGAGCGUUCAGGGCAAGAUUUGGUAACUUAGUAUGAACCAAGGUUCGGUCGCAUUUGCUACAAAUGGCAAAGAACUGCUGCAGAAUAGUGAUGUUCACUGAUCUUUACUGUUGCUGGCACAGGUUAUCACCUUGAUUGGCGAGGGCCACAGUUUCUUGCCCAUACCACCAGCCUGAGCGUUGCGUCUUGCUACUGUUGUGUAUCCAGAGCGUGGGGACUUGUCUCUAGCAAUUCAGGUUCCUGCCCAAGAGAAGCCACUGCAGCCGCUGUUGUAGCUUUCGGGGAUGCCUUAGGCUGG